AUGCUGAGGCUGUGUGUCGUCUUCAUCUACCUUUUGUAUGGGGUGAAACCAGAUCCUAGGGAGACAUGCCCUGCGUUCACAGCUCUCAGCAUUGGCAAUGCUUUGAUAGGGACAGACCUGAAAGUGAAGCUGCUGCUCUACACCAAACUGAAUCCAAACUGUGCUGAAGAGCUCGAUUCAACAGCCUCCAAGUAUCUAGAUGUGACCAGAAAAACUACAUUCAUCAUCCAUGGAUACCGACUCACAGGCUCUACCCCAGUCUGGAUCCCUGACUUGGUACAUCUUCUGCUUUCUGUAGAAGACAUGAAUGUCAUCCUUGUGGACUGGAACCAGGGAGCAACAACUCUCAUCUACAGUAAUGCUUCCAGAAACUGCAAGAAAGUUGCUGAGAUUCUGAAGAAAUUUAUUGAUGAAAUGUUGGUUGAUGGAGCAUCGCUUGACUCCUUGCACAUGAUAGGAAUGAGCCUGGGAGCGCACAUCUCUGGCUUUGUGGGACAGAUGUUUGAUGGUACACUUGGAAGAAUCACAGGUCUUGACCCAGCAGGCCCCUUGUACAGAGGAAAGCCGCCUAGUGAGAGGCUAGAUCCUACAGAUGCACAGUUUGUUGACAUCAUUCAUUCAGACACCGAUGGACUAGGCUACACAGAAGCACUAGGCCACAUAGACUUCUACCCCAAUGGCGGGACCGACCAGCCUGGCUGUCCACUGACAAUAUUUUCUGGAUCGCAGUAUUUUAAAUGUGACCACCAGAGGUCUGUUUUCCUGUUCAUGUCAUCCCUGAAACAGAACUGCAAUAUUACUGCAUACCCGUGUGACUCCUACAGAAAUUACAGGAACGGCAAAUGUACCAGCUGCGAAACUUUUUGGCCUAUGCCAUGCCCCAUUGUAGGCUAUUAUGCCCAUAAGUGGAAAAGCUAUUUAACACAACAGAGCCAUCCAGUGACAAGGAUGUUUUUUGAUACAGCGGACAAAGAGCCAUUUUGUAUUUAUCACUACUUUGUGGAUAUUAUUACAUGGAACAAAGACACCAGAAGAGGCACCUUCAGCAUUGUAUUAGCUGAUGAAAGUGGGAAGAAGGCAGAAUCUAAAGUUAAUCCAGAAGCUGCAGCCUUUCGACAGUACAACCAAAUCACAUUGCUAAUUGGAUUCGACCAGGAUUUUGAAAAUAUAGAAAGAAUUUCCUUGACAUUUUCCACAGGAUCUGUCAUUGGCCCAAAAUUCAAACUCAGGAUUCUCCAAAUGAGGUUCCGGUCACUUACAAAUCCAGAAAGACCGCAGCUGUGCAGAUACGACCUUGUCCUGAUGGAGAACACCAGAAAAACCUUCAAGCCCGUCCCAUGUUGGAGCAGGAGCUAAGAC